AUGGCUCCGCCAUUAGACAACAUCGUCGUAGGGCAAAUUGCAUCUCUGUCCAUACUUUUCGUUCUCGCAACUGGAAUUUUUGGCCUUCGAUUAUUCACUCGGAUUGUACAUUCUAUGACCUAUCGGCUGUUAUUAGAUGACUAUUGCAUCAUUAUUGCGUGGAUACUGUUCGCUACCCAGCUGUUCCUCCGAGUCGCAGUACUUAAUGCCACGUCUCUAGUUCCUGUCGUCCUGCUGGUUAAGAGAAACGCGGACAUGAGCCAUGCAGCUGGGGUCAUGGCAAAUGUGGCAUGGUCGCUCGCCAAGACAUCUUUCAUCUUCACUCUUUUGCGGCUCGUCACCGGAAAACUACGAUGGCUAUUGUGGUUCAUCAUGGUGACCAUGAACGUUACUGUCGCGACAUGGGUACCCUUAUUCGAAAAUCCGUGUGGUCCUCGUUCUCAUUUACCAUGCAUGACAGGUAGACAGGCACUCGACUUUGCUGUCUUUGCUUCCGCUUAUUCAGUCUUUUUGGACUUUCUUCUAUCGUUAUUGCCAUGGAAGAUCAUAUGGCCACUGCACCUCAGUACAAAGGACAGAGUUGGUAUAUGCGUGGCCAUGAGCAUGGGAUUUGGUGCUGGAGCAACAGGGAUUGUCAAGAUAUUCCACCUCUUCAGUUUGCAAUCUACUUCGGCGAAAUCUUACUCCUCUGCAGACAAAUUAGGAGGUCUUUUUAUAUGGGAAAGUGCUGAGAUAGCAGCAACCAUCAUGGCCGCGUCAAUCCCCGUGCUUCGGAAGCUCUCUCUCAGCCGUAGGAGACACAGCGUUGCGCCUAACAUGCGGGAAAAUCAAGAAGGAGCGAUGAGGUCAAGCUUCCGACGACAGUUACGCAUGGUCGGUCUCGGUAGUCAAGUUACAAAUAACACUACUACGACUCAAGCUGCUCCACCAACAAUCCUUGGGUCAACUCGAGAGGAAGUGACUAUUAUUUGA